AUGCCUGGACUCAUGUCGGAGCUGGGCUUGAAGCCCGGAGUCAUCUAUGGUGACGAUGUGCUCAAGCUCUUCCAAUACGCUCGCAAGGCUGGAUUUGCUAUCCCCGCGAUUAACGUAACUUCGUCUUCCACGGCCGUCGCCGCCCUCGAAGCGGCGAAAGAAGCCAAGGCUCCCAUCAUCCUUCAGGUGUCCAACGGCGGAGGUGCAUUCUUUUGUGGCAAGGGUAUCUCCAAUGAUGGACAGAAGGCCUCCGCCGCAGGCGCCAUCGCUGCGGCCCACUACAUCCGGUCCAUCGCACCAAUCUACGGAGUUCCCGUUGUCCUCCACACCGACCACUGUGCCAAGAAGCUACUUCCCUGGCUCGACGCCAUGAUGGAUGCGGACGAGGCCUUCUUCAAGGAGAAGGGCAUUCCUCUGUUCAGCAGCCACAUGAUCGACUUGUCUGAAGAGUCCUUCGAGGAGAACAUCAAGACCACGGCGAAGUACUUGGAGCGUGCCGCACCCUGGAAGCAGUGGCUCGAGAUGGAGAUCGGCAUCACUGGCGGCGAAGAGGACGGUGUUAACAAUGAGGACGUUGACAACAAUUCUCUGUACACGCAGCCUUCCGACAUUUGGGAGAUCUACAGCACACUCACGAAGAUCUCCCCAUAUGUGAGCAUAGCUGCCGCGUUCGGAAACGUCCACGGUGUCUACCAGCCUGGCAAUGUCAAGCUCCACCCCGAGCUGCUCGGGAAGCACCAGAAGUUUGUAGCCGAGAAGCUCCAGACUAAGGAUGAGAAGCCCGUCUUCUUCGUAUUCCACGGUGGCUCUGGCUCGUCUGUUGAUGAAUUUAAGACGGCUAUCGGACAUGGCGUCGUGAAGGUCAAUCUUGACACAGAUUUGCAGUGGGCGUACUUGUCUGGCCACCGCGACUACAUCACCAAGAACCUCGAGUACCUGAAGACGCAGGUUGGCAACCCUGAGGGGCCAACCAAGCCAAACAAGAAGUACUACGACCCGCGGGUCUGGGUUCGGGAGGGUGAGAAGACAAUGAAGACCAGAGUGGUGACGGCACUCCAGGAUUUCAACGCUACCGGCUCUCUUUAA